AAAAAAAAAGUCAAGUCAUCCUAUCCGGAAAAAUCAAGUGGCCAAGUCUACCAGUUCCUACAUAAUUCUAGAAAUGACAGCAAAUCUGAUCCUCAGAUCAAUCUUACAAGAAACUUUAUACAGACACAAUCAGUGAAAUGAGUAUUGGAUGUGAAUAUUUUUGAGGCGGGAUAGAGCCUCUGAAAUGAAGAGAUUUGAGGACCUAUGACGGUUUGGAAACUUCCCUGAAGAUUUCAAGGCCCUCUCAGCUGGUGUGGUACCACAGGGAAGAAUGCUGGGCCAGAAAUGACAUCUGAAUGUCUAGUGGAACUGUGGAGCAUCCAUAUGAGUAGAGGAGAUGUGUGCAGUCUGCAUGUUUAUCGUUCCCUGCCACCUCAUUCCCAUGCAACAUCUGCGAUGCCCCAUGAGCACAGAAUUCCAGUGGACUCAAUGCAUGGAAGUUCAGCAAAACUCAAAGUGAGUACAAGAAUGCCAUUCAAGCCGCCUCGCAGAGCGCCGAUAAGCGCCUUGGGUGACGCCAUCAACCAGCGCGAUGUUUAGACGCCACUGAUGUCGUGGCGUUUCGCGGGAAGAAGUUGGUGUUUCGCCGGGCCCUGGUAGUAGGACGCGGUCCGGGUGGCCUCUGGCCCUUUCCUACCCACUGCUCCGCCUGCCUUUUCUCCCGCUCCUCUAGCAGGAUGAGGCGUACAGGCCUGGGAGAAGGAGUACCUCCCGGCAACUAUGGGAACUAUGGCUAUCCUAACAGUGGGUACAGUGCCUGUGAAGAAGAAAAUGAGAGACUCACAGAAAGUCUGAGAAGCAAAGUAAAUGCCAUAAAAUCUCUUUCUAUUGAAAUAGGCCAUGAAGUUAAACAUCAAAAUAAAUUAUUAGCUGAAAUGGAUUCACAGUUUGAUUCUACAACUGGAUUUCUUGGUAGAACUAUGGGAAAACUGAAGAUUUUAUCCAAAGGGAGCCAAACAAAGCUGCUGUGCUACAUGAUGCUGUUCUCAUUGUUUGUCUUUUUCGUCAUUUAUUGGAUUAUUAAACUGAGGUGAUGCAAGUAAGUGUGAGAUCGGAAUUUGUUCCAACUUAACAGCUUGGGUUACCACUUCGAUAAAAAAUCAGCAUCAAAACAUUCCUAAUUUUCAAGUACUAUGGCUUUUUUCAUUAAAGAUUACUGAAUUUUACUUGUUUUAUAAAUCACAUUAGAUAAUACAGUGCUCUUUGCAUACUGUUUCUUAAUGGUUCAUUUUUUGCCCCUAUUUUCCAGGGGUAUUGAGAUGGUCUAAGGUCAUUCUGUUCCUGACAAUUUUUUUUCGUGGUUUUGCUGUCAGAUUAAAUAGCAGUACAAUAUUCUGUUGUUACAAUAAAUUUAGGUUUAUGUUCCAUGUAAAGAAACUUAGUAAGGAGAACAGCAGCCUGCCUGGGGAGCCUGGUGCUGAGCUCCUGCGGCAGAGGACGCGUCCUGAUGGAGCGGGGAACGCAUUUCCCCAAGUGGCAGUGACCCGGCUGAUGUGCUGUCCUCCUUAUUUGGUUAAAAUUGUAGCUGAUUUCUUUUUGCCUACAGUUUCCCUGAUAAUCUUUAGUGAUACAACUCCUCCUCCUCCUCUGCCCAAGGACCCCAUUCUUUAAUAAAAUUUGUUAUCUUGGCUUAUUUCUAGUAGGGUCCAAAACAUAUGUACCAGUAUAGUGGUCAUUUUAUAUUAAAUUUAUGCAUACCAUCAACUUACCUUAAUAGUUUUAAGAUGUUAGCUACUUAGAUAGGCUAUUUGGUUGUCAUUUAUGGCAGAAUAAUGUGAAGCUAAGGUAACUGCUAAGCUCUGAAUGGAAAUAAAAUGCUCAAGAAAA